AUGGAGCAGAGCUGUAAAACAGAGCUCUAUGGAUCAGAAUUAUUAUCUUCUCAGGGAAACGAUAAUAACGAGGAGAUAAAUUGGCAUGAACACCUGGAAAUCCUGCCACGUAACUCUCUCGGGCUAGGGUUUUUAGUACAAAUAGGCAGUGGUGGUUUUGGGAUUGUUUUCCGUGGAAUUCUACCUAAUGGAAGACACGUGGCAGUCAAGGUGUUAAGAAAAGAAAGUCUUCAAGGCAAAGUCGUGUUUCUUCACGAAGGUGAAGGCUUCCGCAUAAUGCACAAAGACAUCAAGCCGACCGGCAUUCUUUUGGAUGAAAAUCUGAAUGCCAAGAUUUCUGAUUUUGGCUUUGCACAAAUACAACUAUCGUAUUACGAGGAUAUCAGCAUUCAAGGAACGCGUAUUGUUGGAACAUUUGGUUAUGCAGCUCCCGAAUAUAGUGCUACUGUUCGUGCGAGUCUGAAAUCAGACAUUGCACAAAGUCUGAGAUAUUAA